AUUCGACAUCACUAUUCCAGAAACCAGGCUUCAAUGAGAAUCAAUCCUUGCAGCAGCAGCAGCAGCAGCAGCGACGUUAUAAACCACAAAAAAACGCCCAGUGAACGAGAGCAAUCAACUUCACUUUUGCUAAUUUUUGUCUUUGAUUUUUGCUGUUCUUAAGACAUUGCAUGCUUCGUAGCAUUCGAGUCUAAUUUUGCCAUUUUGUCAAAAGAAAGGAGAUUCACGGUUCCUUUAAAAAAAGCCAAGUUCCCUAUUGGAUUCUUUAAAUAGACUUGUUUCGAAGGAAGAAUCCUGUCUACUUUCUUGCUUAACUUAACUGUUCCUGGAUUUCAUUCUUUAUAUUUGAAAGAAAACAAAAACACUAUCGAUUUAUCUUAUUUCUCGUCAUGUCUACAGUUCAAAGAACGUUACGAUUAAUUACUGAUCAGCAUAUUUUACCUGGAGGGGAAGCUGCCGUCUUGAAUGAUCAAAGCUUUGCUAUGCGAGAAUGGGCUAUCAAAGUUGUUUGUUUAGACGCUCAGCAAGAAGAAGUAGAUGCAAGUUUUAUUGAUCGCGUGACUUAUAAAUUACAUCCUACUUUUCAAAAUCCCACUAGAACCGUCCGUAAGCCUCCCUUUAUGAUUCGAGAGCAAGGUUGGGGUGAAUUUGAGAUGGAAAUCAUCAUUUACUAUUCAGACAAAGGUGGUGAAUAUCGCUUUUCUCACUACUUACAUUUCCAACAAGAGCACUACCAUGAAGACAUUGAGCUGACAAUUACUGCUGGUCGGCCAGGUUUACUAAAAGCUCUAUCCCUUACAGGUCCUGUUCCUGGUUACUCACCUGAAGCCGAUGAUACAAGAAAGGAUAAGCGAAAACCGGAAGCAGAUGCUGGAUCUGCAAAGAAAAAAACAAAAGCGAAACCUGUGGACAUGGAAAAACUGGCUGAUGGUCUUCAAAAACUACAAGAAGAUGACCUUUUACAAGUUGUACAGAUGGUAAAUGAAAAUAAGACACCAGACAUGUACGUUCGUAACGAUAUUGAAGGCGGCGAAUUUCACAUUGAUCUUUAUACACUCCCUGAUAAUUUGCUUCUUUUAUUAUACAGCUUCUGCGCAAAGCGCGUGACUAUGUAAUGAAAGAGAAAGAAAUUCUAGCUCUUACUCGAGUUUCACUAGAUAAAACUAAUGACAAAUCAUUUCUUUGAUAUUGCAUUUUGUGUUUACAAAUCUUAUGUAUUUU